UCCCCAAUAACAACUGCUAGAUUAAUGAGUUACAACAACAUUAUUUAAGUCCAUUACCCAGAAAACAGUUCAGAAAAAAGCCUAAUGCUUUCACUCUGCAACUAUUUCACUCAUACACUCUGUACUUCUUAUUAAUUCUAACAAGCUUUCAAACCGUUUUUUAUUCAAAAAAGGAAACUUACUAGCAAUUUUUUUUCUUUGCACUCCAAAUUACGGGUCAAAUAAUUUAAAGCAUUGAAAAACAAACCGUCAUCUGAUGUUUAUCCGAGCACCUAAACUACUAAUACCCCACUUCGUUUAAGUGUACUAAAAUCAUGCAAUUAAUGCUCAUGCGAAAGCCACCAAUUUUCUCAAAACAAUAAAACUGGUCGACUCUUUAUUAGCUCCAAAUUUAGAUGUUCCAAAUUCUAAUCAAGCAGUUUAAAUAAACACGAUCCCAUUCCAAAAACUAUCCUGUUCUACAACAGCCUGUCUGGUAUAUUCAGUAGAUAUUGGCCUAACAAGUCCAAGAAUGAUAGGUGAAAUUUGAACUUUGUAAAUGUAUAGCCAGAGAGGGAAACGCAACCCAUCAAUUCAUUAGCUGUUUAAAAACCAGCUUAACAAUUUUAAUGUCUAGUGCAAAGUAUUUUUACAAGCUGUGAUCAAAUUGGAGAAAAACUCCUUUAUGCAUUAAUCUUAACUAAUUGUGAGCACAAGUCCUUCAGAGAGAGGGAUUUCUAGUCAAAGAACUGUUAAAUAUGAGAAAAGAUCAUUUAAUUAGACCUACUGUAGUCUUCCUCAGUAAAGGGCGAAACAAAUUAAAAGAAGACAUUUUAGGUCUUAUGCAUCACAUUCCACAUUCUUUAAUUUAAGCUAAACCCAUCAGUUAACUACUUUUUUCAUUAUUCUAUCCCCCUUUUGGUCUUAUUGGUAUUGCUCCGCCCACUACUGAUUCAGCCGCGCGUAAAUUUUCACUUUCAAUCGAUCACGCUUUUUCAGUUUUAAUAGCAACAAAUCGUCAAAAGAACACUUCAAGUAUUUCAUUUGCGACUAGAAGAGACUUGUGAUUAGUGCUCAGCUGAUUAAACUUCAUCUUCAUUACAACAUGGUAGCGGAAGCGGACACAAUAAAAGACACUUCAAAGUCAUAUUUAUCUUCACACAUUUUCGCCCAUAAUUUCUACUAUUCCAUUGAAAACUUUGUUUAAUUCUAAUCCUAAUGAACAAGGAGAGCAGAGCUCAAGGACAAAACUUUUCCAAGCGCGGUUUUUCGGGUCAUAAUGUCAACCAAAGACGCAAUACGGGCAGGUCUCGCAGACACACAAGAGCAGAGACGAAUGACACAAGUGGUGGAAACCUGGUCAAGACCUGGACACCGCUAAAGAAUGCAGUGGCCAAUGCGCCCUGCUGCCCAGGCAUCUAUAAGAUAGGACUCACUCAUGACAACUGGAUCGAAGUGGUCUACAUUGGAUCAUCUUCUUCCGAUAGAACACUGCGAGAGGUCGUCACUUCGGUUGUGUACGGCUACGAAGGAGGGGAGCGCCUGGCGAUGAUGGUGGUGAAUCCGUGCACUCGCAAGAAACUGAUGGUGCAGUGGAUCACCAGUGUGUACCCCGAGGAACUGAUUGAGGACGAGUUGGAGGAGUACAUUGCAACCAACCACAAAAUACCUGAGUACAACACACCCAUCGACCCCACCAAGGGUCUCUACGUGGUUGUGGACUGUCACGUUCCUUCGGACCCUAAUGACGUUACAAUUCCUGGAAGCACACAAGGAACUGGCGGGGCGGCGACGAGUGCCUCAAUCGGGCGGGGGCGACAACACAACACAAGGAGCGAACAACCCAGCGACACAUGCCCACAUUGCAACGAAAAGAUAAUGCGAUUCGCUUUUUCUAAUGUACGAAUAUACUGAAAAUUACGACCAAUGAACAGAUAAAGUCAAGAAAGAGAUAAGUGAAUACGAAAAGUUAAGGUCAACAAUGAACUUAAUGACCAGUGAGCUGAAAUUUGGUCAUCCUUAAAAAUUGAUCAAUCUCAAUAACAGAAAAGAGUUC